CGUCACUCUCGGCUGCAGCCUGGAGCAGUCGAAAGAAGAAAUCGGCGCAGAAGUAAUUCCCCUAUUUUCAUUUUUCCCAGCGCUGGAGACAUCUCUUUGGCCGCCGUCGCCCACCGCAGCGAGCGAUAGCCUCGCACCUCCCCGCCUCACUCCCUCUCUCUCCCCCCACCCCAGCCCUACCCUACCCCGAGCAAGCUGAGCCCCCCACCUCCGAGAGUCAUUGCAAUGAGAGUUGGCGGCGCCUAAGCAAAGUUGCUCAGUUGCUCUCUCCUGCAAGGGCUUUAUAUUCGGGGGUAAUCGACUGCAUAGGCAGUUGAUGUCUCUCCGGCUCCCUGGUUUCUGCUUGUAACUUUGCAGAAACCGCACAGAACAUGUUGUCCAGAAGGUAAAAAAAAAGGGACGGUAUAUAUAUAUAUAUAUAUAUAUAUAUAAUAUCGAGACGUCAAGUAUCAGAUCCGCAUGUGGGACUCGAACUGGAUCCUCGCAGGGUCUCCGCUGUCUUGUACUUGGAGGGGGAGGGAGAGAGAGGGAGAGUCUGCCUUGCAUGAAAGAAGAGCGUUCAGUGACCGGGUUUAAAAGAGUUUUUUUCCCCCUUCGAUGUCUCUCUCUCCCUCUCCCCCUCUCCGGAUGAACCCAGGCGGCGAUGCAACCGGGGAUUUACAUACCAAAUUAACCCAGCACAAUAUGGCAGAUCUGCGCCGUGUUUAGCAAGGAGAGGAGCAACUGCCUUUGUAUUCUGCCAUGCAUAGCACACAGCAUUGCACCGAUGGCCCCAGUAUACCAAGGAAAGCAUGCACAACUGACUGAAUAGUGAGAGCGAGAUGGAGAAUCAGAUCUGAAGGGAUACAAGGACGUAUAAGAAAUGAAGGUGUGGGCUCACAAGUGGAAGUCUUUUCCCCUCACACAAUUCAGUCAAGUGCCUUCUGCAGUGUGAAGAAGCUGAAACUGGAGCCGGGUUCUAAGUGGGAUAUGACCGGGUAUGGUUCGCACAGUAAAGUCUACACCCAGAGCAAGAGUACGACCAUCUCGCAGUCGACAGUCAGCGCCUCUCUUCAGAUUACCAACCCCACGCUGACCUACGAGCAGACGGUGAUAUUCCCGGCCAGCGCCGGUCACAUUGUCUUCACCACCGCCAACAGCACGUCGGGCCUGGUGGCCGUUUCCGCCCAGGCCUUGGGAGGUCCUCAGAACCUGACCCGCCGCAUCACCGUGCGCCUCCUCGACACCUACCAGAAAUGCAGCCUGAAGCGGAAGAGUGAGGAGCUCGAGAACACCAGCAGCGUGCAGAUCAUCGAGGAGCAUCCGCCAAUGCUUCAGAACGCCACCAGCGGCGCCACUGUUGCCACGGCCGCCACCUCCACCGCCACCUCCAAGAACAGCGGCUCCAACAGCGAGGGCGACUACCAGCUCCUGCAGCACGAGGUGCUGUGCUCAAUGACCAACACGUACGAGGUGUUGGAGUUCCUAGGCCGAGGGACGUUUGGCCAGGUGGUCAAGUGCUGGAAAAGGGGCACCAAUGAGAUUGUGGCCAUCAAGAUCCUGAAGAACCACCCGUCUUACGCACGACAGGGCCAGAUCGAGGUCAGCAUUCUGGCCAGGCUAAGCACGGAGAGCGCCGACGACUACAACUUUGUCCGGGCCUACGAGUGCUUUCAGCACAAGAACCACACUUGCCUUGUCUUCGAGAUGCUGGAGCAGAACCUGUACGACUUCCUGAAGCAGAACAAGUUCAGCCCGCUGCCCCUCAAGUACAUUCGGCCCAUCCUCCAGCAAGUGGCCACCGCUCUGAUGAAGCUCAAGAGCCUGGGGCUGAUUCACGCCGACCUCAAGCCCGAGAACAUCAUGUUGGUGGACCCCGUGCGGCAGCCCUACCGAGUCAAAGUGAUAGACUUCGGCUCAGCCAGUCACGUGUCCAAGGCCGUCUGCUCCACGUACCUACAGUCCAGGUAUUACAGAGCGCCGGAGAUCAUCCUGGGAUUGCUGUUUUGCGAGGCGAUUGACAUGUGGUCACUAGGGUGCGUUAUCGCAGAGCUGUUCUUGGGGUGGCCGUUGUAUCCAGGGGCGUCGGAGUAUGAUCAGAUCCGGUACAUCUCACAGACACAAGGGUUGCCAGCAGAGUAUUUACUAAGUGCAGGGACAAAGACAACGCGGUUCUUCAACAGAGAUCCCGAUUCAUCGUACCCACUGUGGAGGCUUAAGACACCAGAAGAUCAUGAAACAGAGAUGGGAAUCAAGUCGAAGGAGGCAAGAAAGUACAUUUUUAAUUGUUUGGAUGAUAUGGCACAGGUGAACAUGACCACGGAUUUCGAGGGAAGUGAGAUGUUGGCAGAGAAGGCGGACAGACGGGAGUUUAUCGAUCUGCUGAAGAAGAUGUUGACCAUUGAUGCAGACAAGAGAAUUACUCCGAUUGAAACACUGAGCCAUCCCUUUGUCAUGAUGACCCAUCUACUGGAUUUUCCUCAUAGCAUACACGUCAAGUCCUGCUUUCAGAACAUGGAGAUUUGCAAGCGAAGGGUUAAUAUGUACGACACAGUGAACCAGAGUAAGACACCAUUCAUCACACAUGUAGCUCCGAGCACAUCGAACAAUCUUACCAUGACCUUCAGCAACCAACUCAGUGCAGUUCAAAACCAGGCCAACAGUCUGGCUCCCACAUCCACAAGUGCCACUCUUUCCCUUGCCAAUUCUGACGUCUCCUUACUUAACUACCAAUCUGCACUUUACCAGCCUUCAGCAGCUUCCAUGGCAGCCGUUGCCCAGCGGACCAUGCCUCUGCAGUCUGGAGCCUCGCAGCUGUGUGCCCGACCUGAUCCCUUCCAACAGGCCUUAAUUGUAUGCCCACCUGGAUUUCAAGGAUUGCAGGCCUCCCCUUCCAAGCACGCUGGGUACUCGGUCCGAAUGGAGAACGCUCUUCCUAUCGUGACGCAGGCUCCAGGAGCUCAGCCACUUCAGAUCCAGCCCGGCCUACUAACACAGCAAACUUGGCCCAGUGGGACCCAGCAGAUUAUUUUACCUCAAGCAUGGCAGCAGUUAACAGGAGUAACGACUCACGCCUCAAUGCAGCAUGCUGCUGUUCUUCCAGAGACAAUGGCUGGGACCCAGCAACUAGCAGACUGGAGGAACGCCCACCCGCACACAAGCCAUUACAACACCAUCAUGCAGCAGCCGGCUCUGUUGGCAAGUCACAUGACGCUGCCAUCCGCUCAGCCGUUGAACAUUGGCGUGGCUCAUGUAAUGAGACAGCAGCCCACCUCAAGCUCCUCGUCAAAGAAGAACAAGCAGCAGUCCUCCACCAGGAACACUUUCACCUAUGAAGUUUCCUCCUCCCGAAGCUACACCUCGCACUCACCCCAGCGCUCGAAACGCAUCAAGGAGAACACUCCCCCUCGCUGUGCUGUGGUGCAGGACAGUCCGUCCUGUAACACCUUGACGUGUGGCUGGGGAGAGGCCACCAGCACAACCCACGAGAACCAGAGGCAUACCAUCGUCAUUCCCGACACACCCAGCCCAGCGGUCAGCGUCAUCACCAUCAGCAGUGACACGGACGAUGAGGAAGAACGCAAGCGGGUACCCAACAGGUCAUCCAAGCAGAGGAAGAAUGUGAUCAGCUGUGUGACGGUCCACGACUCACCAGACUCAGACUCCUCGAGCAGCAACAGCCCCACAGCAGUGCGUCAGCGGCACACCAUCGGGAACAGCACCGCCUACAACACAACCAAAGGACAGCCGGACAGCCACUAUGCUGCAAAUCCACGCACUAUCAUCGUUCCUCUCCUCAAGACGCAGUCAAGUGACAUUGUGGUGGGAUGUGAUCGCCUCGUGUCAGGUGUACAGGGGCAACAUCCAUUGGGGCACAAGACCAAAAACUCCAGCACAAUAACAUCUAGUACAAGUCAUUCCUUAGGGAGUUUCUCGGGGAUAUCACCUUACCGGCAACAGAGGUCAAUAGCCCAUUCGUUACAACAGCAGCCACUUAAUCUCAGUCAGGCUCAGCAACACGUGACUAUACCGGAGCGGAGUGGGAACCAUGGACAUCGACGGCAGCAGGCUUACAUCACGCCGACCAUUGCACAGGCUCCGUACUCAUUCCCGCACCGUAGUCCUUCGCACUCCACUGUGCAUCCUCACCUGGCAGCAGCUCACCUACCAGGCCAGCCUCACCUGUACACCUAUGCCACACCCGCCGCCCUGGGUCCCACAGGAACAGUGGCUCACCUUGUGACGUCGCAGGGUUCUGCCAGGCACGCCUAUGCGACCCACCCUGGGGGAAUUGUUCACCAAGUGCCCGUUGGCAUGGGGCCAAGAGUACUGCCAUCUCCUACCAUACACCCGAGUCAGUAUCAACCCCAGUUUGCUCAUCAGACAUACAUCAAUGCUUCACCAGCCUCAGCUGUCUACACAGGAUACCCACUGAGCCCAACCAAGGUAAACCAGUACCCCUACCUUUAAGACUGGAGAUCAGUAAGACGUUGUACUGAAUUAAAACAAGCAGCAAUGCAUCUCACAUUUGGGAAGGUACUUCAGAAACGGGCUGCAAGGAAGUGUGCCCGGCCAUGGAAUGAGGAAAACAAAUUUGUUUGGGAAAUUUGUUUUUUUGAAAAGAAAUCACCAAAACUUGAGUCUGCUAAUUGACUUUGGGUCAAUGACGAAGAUGUUCAAAGAGGAGUCGAUCAAUGGAAGGGUGGGGGACAUUAAGGAUCUACAACCUGGAAGCGACUCUCAGAGUUUGGUUGACUUUUAUCAGUGAAGUUCAGUAAAUGUACAACAGCUGUUGACUUUCCCAAUUUUACUUUCUUUUUAUUUUUGUUUUGAAAAACAAAGAGCUGCUCUUCCUUUUCUAAAUAAAACAAUCUUUGUGAAGGUAAAGGUUGCCAGGACCCCUUAGAAUGUAGAGUCAAGGAAAGCUUCAUUCAUUGACGCAAUACCAAUAGAUAUUACUUGUGAUUACACAACCGUGAUUCAGCCUAACUCUGUUCUUAAGGUGUACUAGUCGUGUCUAUUCAGAGCUCCAGUGUGUAUGUGUGUGUGCGCAUGUGUGCUGAUUUUCUUGUCUGUGGUUUCUUUAGUAGCGAGCUUCCUGGCAUAGACAUGGUUUUGAACAUAUUCCCUUGUAGUGCCUUACAGAAAAGGAUGAGAGUUCCACCAGAUUUCGUACAGAUUAAUGUUGGGACAGUCCUCCUAAUUAUGACUCUUGGGCAUUAUGAUCUUGGGUGGUAGGAGGGACUAGUUGUAGGAGACCAAUGGAAGGUGGGGGUAGGGAGGGGUUAUGGGUGGUGAUUGGUGAGAGAGAGGGAGUGCACACAUCCCAGCAUAUAGCAAUCUUCUGGCAGAACUCUGUAGGUCAGGCAGCAUCUGUGGAGGGAAAUGGGCAGUUGAUGUUUCAGUUGAGACCCUACCUCUGGAUUGAAAGUGUAGAGGGGAGAUCGCCAGUGAUUGCUGGAAGUAACCAUGGGCUGAAGAUGAAGGAAUUUGACGAGGAACCAAGGUGGAGUGUGUGACCAUAUAAGGGAGGUGUGGUGGGCAGGUAGGGACAGAGAGAGGGGCUGGAAAGGGGCACAAUGGGAAGAGUGUGUGAGGCUCUUCCUCAUCCACACCAUCUGCCCAUCACUGACACACUCCUCCCAUUGAGUUCACUCUCACUUUUCCAAUCUGCCCACCCCACCUUCCUUAUUUGGACCCACCUUUCACCAUUCCAUCAUCUCGGCCCCUGAUUACCUCCACCAGUAACCAAACCCCCACCCGAGACUCUAUUGAUACCUCCACCCCUCUCUUCCCCACCCGACCCCAUCCACAUCUCCUCACCCAGAGCCACUUAUCAUGUGCCUGCUCUUACCCUACCACCUCAACCAUAUACUGGUUUUGUUCCCUUCCACCCUUUCCGACCAGAGGAAGGGUCUCAACCUGAAAUGUCAAUUGUCCAUUUCCUUCCACAAAUGCUGCCCUACCCGCUGAGUACCUCCUGCAGAUUGUUUUUUGAGCUCCGGAUUCCAACAUCUGCAUGUCUAAUGUCCCCACUUGUUUUCUUGCACCACCAUUUCCGUCGUGUGCAACGUUACAGGUUCCAAUUCCAUAGGUUUUGUCUUCUCAUGUCCAACUAUUGUCAGUGGAAGAAUAUAAAAUCUCAAAGAAGAAUGCACAGUAAGCCCUUUAAGCACACUCACAGUUUCCAUGUGAUUAAUGUUGAUGGGUGGCUUCCCCUCCCCGCAUUGAUUUACCAAUUUUUUGAAACAUCAAUCUCCCUGAAAAGUAAUCAAGUCUCGCCAAUGAUAAAAUCACCAGUGUUCCUGCCCUCUUAAAGAUGCCAAUUGUCGUGAAUCAAGUACCCUCUUCAGUUAAUUGGUGCAGGCAGGCAACACUUGCAUAGAUGGAUGUACAGCAUUGCUAACCCUGUCCUUGGCAAAACUGUAGGACUGGGUAAAUGGAGAAUAGAAAAUGUAAGGAGGCAAGGUCACAUGAAGUUGCUAUGCCCCACAAUAUUCAAAGUUAUGGGAUGAAGAUUUAUUAGUUUAUGUGGAAUGAACACAUUCUGGGAUCAUCUUUAGAUAUAAAUCCUCCCAGACUACCCCUCUGUUCUUUUUCACCAAAAUUAAUUAUUUCUUACUUGGUUGAAUUAGUGUCUUCAUUUUGAUAUUAGCCAUAUGUUUCAACUAAACAAGCAAUUUUAUGCCAUCAACCACUGAGAACAUAAUUAUCUGCCCAAUCAUUGAACUUAGUUCCUGUUGUCCACAAUAUUAACCAUGUUGCAUCCAACCCAAGCAGGACUUCAAUUACCUGCUAUUUUUUGUCUCUAGCUCAUCCAAUUUCAUACAAUACUGACAAGCCUUGACCUAAUCAUAUGAUACAAUAAGCUUAUGGGCAAAAUCGCCUGCUCCUUUUCUAAUUCUUUAAUUGCCUGGGUGAAUGUUUUUUUUUGGUACCUUGUCGGAAUCUCACCUGGAAUCACAGCUGAGCCCUAUCUUGUCCAAAUGUGCUGGCAGGUGUGAAGGUAUGGGGCUGAGGGUUCUGCUACACCUGCCCAAUGUACUCAAGCAUUAAAACCAAUAAGGCUCCACCUUACUUAGUUUAGUUGUGGCCCUUGCCUGAAGAUAGGACCAGCCUGUGCAAAGGGUUUCAACAGCUCACUGAUGACAGGCAGGGAGGUAAAUGAAACAGAUAGUUUAAGAACAGAAUACUAGUGAUUUUGAUCAGCUCUGACCCAUGACAUUUCAGUGCUGAGUUUGACCACCAUCUGGUGGUGAAAAGCAUCGUGAUUCUGUCUGUGUGCUUGUGUGUGUUGGGGAAUAAAAGGCAGAUUGAAAAUUGGAAAUAUAGGAACCUUUUAAAUUGGUACAGUGUCAUGAGCAAAGUAGGCUUUUUCUUGAAAAAUAUCUUAUGGAAAAAAAUGUUUUGUUUUUUUAAUAAUAAGUAUUUCCUUGUGACUGACAUUUUGUGACUGACAUUUUUAAAAGAACAUUUCAGAUUUUUUCUUGUCAGUGAUAGGUUUUACAUGUAGCUGCUGUUUUGAAUAGUCUGAAUUAGCAUUGAUUUUGUUUUUAUACCUUGCCUCUGGUUUUCUUUCUGGUGACAACCAGCUCCACAUAUUUUUGUGGAAAAUAUUUAAUUUCUUCCUUGCUGUUUACUUCAAGCAAUGUUGUAUUUAUUUCCUUUUUGAGCAGUGUUGUCCAAUAAAAAAAACUACUAUCCACAGGGCUCCCUUUAGAUAGUCAUAGCAAUCUGGACUCAUUUUUAAUUACAGACACUCUCCCAUCCUGAUAAAUGUGAAACACGUGUACAUUCACUUAACAAACAUCUAGUACCCUUCAGUAACUAAACAAGCAAUGCAAUCCUAAUGAUCAACACUGACUCUAUUUAUCAUCUUGCCAUUCUACCAAGAAAUGCACAAAAGAAUCACUUGGGUAAGUCAUGUGAAUGUGACACCAGUGGCAAUUCUAUUUUUGAUAUUUAAUCCAACUCUUUCUCGAUUACCAUGUGGCUAGUGGCUAAGGUAUUUGGCAACACUGCUUAGGGGCAGAUGACUAGUAGAAAAUUGAAGGAGUUCGGAAUGCACUUCUGCACACAGACGAUGUUGUAUUUUUAAAGGACAGGUGAGCUGUGUCAAUUGGGUUGCGACUGGUCUGGGAAGAAGUGCAUUGCAACUUUUCCAAAAUUCAAACAUUGUCGAGUUGCGACAACUGUUACUGUACGUUCUGAAGGCUUGGUCUUGCUUUGGACCUAUCAGUAGCCAGCUUCAACCCUGUUGGGGAAAAAAGUUGGUUCUGAGUGAGAAUGGAGACUCAAGGAAAAGAACGAGUAAAACAUACUUGCAAAAACAAGAUGGCUCUUGUCACCAAAGAAAUCACGUUGUAUUGCUUCAUAUUUUCUUUGCUGCCCCUUGACUACUUGGUUGUUUCAUGAAGCUUUCUUUACCCUGUUAGGAGGAGGGAGCUGGAACUUGUUCCUCCUCUUGUGUAACUAACACUUAUUUCCUAACUUCAUUUUUUGUCUUUAGUUUGGAAUUUCUUAGUUUAAUGAUGACUGGCAUUGCUGCUAUUUUGAUGUAUUUAUACAUUUGAGUGAGUCCAUAUCUGUUCUGUGUGUAUAUACAUAUAUUUAUAUAUAUAUAUAAAAAAAAGAAAACAAAUGUUCCUAAUCAUUAAAUCCAUGAAGGGGCUCAAAAUCUACUGAGUACAAGGAAAAGU